ACACUAUUGUUAUCACAUUUUUUUGCCCAUCAAGAGCAAUGAACAACAACAUUUGAAACAGAACACACAACCCCAAAACAAGAAUGAAGUUUCUUUUUUGGUUUUUACCUUUCUUGAUCAGAGCGUUUGACAUUCUUGAAUUGGUUCAAGCUCAAGAUCAAUCAGGAUUCAUCAGCUUAGACUGUGGUUUGGUGCCUAAGGAGACGAACUAUGUGGAGAAGUCAACGAAUAUAACAUACAGAUCAGAUUUUAAUUACAUCGAAACUGGAGUGACCAAGAAGAUCAAUGACGCGUACACGACGCAGUUUCAGCAACAGACUUGGUCCUUGAGAAGCUUUCCUGAUGGUCAAAGGAACUGUUACACCUUCAACCUCACAGCCAACCGCAAGUAUCUCAUCAGGGGAACAUUUAUCUAUGGGAACUAUGAUGAUCUGAAUCAACUUCCAAUCUUCGAUCUUUACAUCGGUCCUAACAGAUGGACUACUGUUACGACCCUAGGAGUUACAAAUGGUUCAAUCCACGAGAUGAUCCACGUCUUAACACAAAACCGUCUUCAAGUUUGUCUUGUCAAGACAGGGGACACAACACCGUUUAUUUCAUCACUGGAACUUCGUCCAUUGAACAAUGAAACUUAUGUCACGCAAAGUGGAUCGUUGGUCGCUGUCUCAAGAGUUUUCUUUUCACCCACGCCAACGUUCGUUAGGUAUGAUGAGGAUAUCAACGACCGAACAUGGGUUCCAUACAUAGAUAAAAACAAUUCCGUAAUAACUACCAAUUUUGCGGUUGAUACAAGUAACUUCUACAAUGUGCCACAAGUUGUGGCAAGAACUGCAGCUAUACCUGUAGAUGAGAGUCAGCCUCUGACUAUAGAUUGGACCUUGGACGAGGCCACUGCACAGUCAUAUAUAUACAUGCAUUUCGCUGAGAUCCAGAAUCUUAAAGCUAAUGAGACAAGAGAGUUCAACAUUACUUAUAACGGUGGCCAAAGAUGGUAUUCCAAUUUUAGGCCACCAAAUUUCAGCGUAACAACUAUAUUCAAUCCAAGAGCUGUGAGUUCUCCUGAUGGGAAUUUCAGUUUCACUUUUGCCAUGACCAGUAACUCAACUCUUCCUCCUCUUAUCAAUGCCCUUGAGAUUUAUAAAGUCUUGGACCUUACACUGCUUGAGACAGACCAAGAUGAAGUUCUUGCUAUGAUGAACAUCAAAGUAACUUAUGAGCUGAGCGAAAGACCUAGCUGGCAAGGUGAUCCUUGUGUUCCUCAGUUAUAUAGGUGGGAAGGUUUAGACUGCAGCUAUCCAGACUCAGAGCCACCCCGGAUCAUAUCCUUGAACUUGACAGGGAGCAAUUUGACUGGUAGCAUAACAUCUGAUAUAUCCAAGCUAACACAGUUGAAAGAACUAGAUUUAUCAAACAAUGAUCUAUCAGGAGACAUUCCAGUGUUUUUCGCCGAUAUGAAGAUGUUGACACUCAUAAACUUAAGCGGAAACCCUAAGGUCAAUGGCUCAGUGAUUCCAAACUCUCUUCAGCAAAGGAUUGAUAGCAAAUCUUUGACACUAAUUUUGGAUGGAAACCAGAUUCCGACAGUAAAGAGAAAGAAUAAAGAUGUUACAGCUGUUGCUAUUGCUGCGUCAGUGGCCGGCGGGUUUGCACUGCUAGUAAUCGUGGCUAUCAUCUUUGUCGUCACAAGGAGAAAACAGAAAUCUCCUGAAGCUUCAGGACCGGAAUCAUCAGUCACCACUGGUAAUGCUAAUACUGAGACAAGAUCAUCCAACCCAUCAAUCAUGACACAGGAACGCAAGUUCACAUAUUCAGAGGUACUGAAGAUGACUAAUAACUUUGCGAGAGUUCUUGGCAAAGGAGGGUUUGGAACAGUGUAUCACGGAAACUUGGAUGACACUCAAGUAGCUGUGAAGAUGCUCUCUCAUUCAUCAGCGCAAGGGUAUAAAGAAUUCAAAGCAGAGGUGGAGCUUCUUUUAAGAGUUCACCAUAGACAUUUGGUUGGACUAGUUGGAUACUGUGAUGAUGGAGAUAAAUUAGCUUUGAUCUAUGAAUAUAUGGCAAAUGGAGACCUGAGGGAGAAUAUGUUAGGAAAACGCAGUAGCAAUGUAUUAAGCUGGGAAACCAGAAUGCAAAUAGCUGUAGAGGCAGCACAAGGUCUGGAGUAUCUGCACAAUGGAUGUAGGCCUCCUAUGGUUCAUAGAGAUGUGAAAACGACUAAUAUCUUGUUGAAUGAGCGGUUUCAAGCGAAACUAGCCGACUUUGGGCUGUCUAGAUCUUUCCCAAUAGAUGGUGAAUCUCAAGUCAUGACGGUCGUUGCAGGAACACCUGGUUACUUAGACCCUGAGUACUACAGAACCAACUGGCUAAGCGAGAAGAGUGAUGUUUACAGCUUCGGUGUAGUACUUUUAGAGAUGGUUACAAACCAGCCUGUGAUUGAUAAGACCCGAGUGAAGCCUCACAUUUCAGAUUGGGUUGGUUUCAAACUCACAAAUGGGGACAUCAGGAGUAUUAUUGACCCCAAACUUAUGGAUGACUAUGAUGCAAAUGGUGUUUGGAAGGUUAUCGAGUUGGCUCUAGCAUGUGUAAACCCGUCUUCGAACCGAAGACCGACCAUGCCACACGUGGUGAUGGAGCUAAAUGAGUGUCUGGCUUUUGAAGUUGAAAGGAAACAUGGUAGCCAAGAGAUGUACACAAAGAAUUCUACGGAGUUUAGCCCAUCCACUGCUUCAGAUUUCUCCCCUGUAGCGAGAUAAAUUGAAAGUGUGUGAUGUGCUGUGAUUCUGAAGCUAUGUUGUUUGUAAUAAUUUACUGUUCAUAUUGAAGUGUUUUAACUUAAGAUAGUCAUGUACUUUAACGUAGGAGCAUAUGGAUUUUCCUGAAAAGGUAUUAGCCUUUGUAAUGUGUAAGUUGCUUGGAUCACAAGAUUUUUUUUAAUGAAAUGGAGUAGUACUA